AGACCUGUUUAUAUGAUCGUUACUUAAAUUAAUGCAUUUGGAAGUUGGUUUCUAAAUAUUGGCAGCACUUAAUGCGUAUUCCACCAUAUUGUAUUCACAAGAAGUCGGCCAUUUUUGCUAAAUCUAUCUUCUCGUCAUAAUUCAACAUGAAGAUCGGUCUUUGCGCAUAUAGCGGAUAUAAAAUAUAUCCCGGCCAUGGUAAAACCAUGGUAAAAGUGGAUGGAAAAACGUUCACAUUUUUAAAUUCAAAAUGCGAAUCUGCACAUUUAAUGAGACGUAAUCCAAGGAAAGUUACAUGGACUGUAUUAUACAGACGAAAGCACAAAAAGGGGCAAGAAGAAGAACAAGCAAAAAAAAGGACAAGACGUACUCAAAAAUUCCAACGUGCUAUUGUUGGAGCAUCUCUUACAGAUAUUUUAGCGAAACGUAAUAUGAAACCAGAAAUUCGUAAAGCACAGAGGGAACAAGCAAUUAAAGCUGCAAAGGAACAAAAGAAAGCUGCAAAAGCAACGAAGAAAGCAGUUGUACCUGCUAAGGCAAAAGUACAACCAAAACAUAAAGCUGCAAAGAUAACACAAAAAGCAGCUCCCCGUGUCGGAGGAAAACGUUAAAUUCCCGCACUGUAUAAAUAAAAAGAUCUUUAGAUUUAAAAAA